AUGUUGUUUUCGAAAUGCAUUUCGUGAUCUGCUCCAAAAGAACUGCAACUACACCGAUGAUGUAUGAACAAAUUUCUUGAAUACGCUUCAUUCCCUUUUCUAAGAAUACCAGCCCGAGUUGCAAGCACCCCCAACUGCUGCGCACCACCUUGACUGAUCUGCCUUCAAGGACAAUCUUUGGUAGCUGAUUAUUUAUUUGCCAACCCGGUCACUGAUCAUUCACUGAAGCCGACGCGGUUGCUUCUGCACCAAAAACAGACCCUUGUUGAGAGCAUAUUAUUCCCAAACAAGAAUUGCUGCCAAAUGGCAUGACAAUCACGUAUCGAACCUAUGGAUGAAGACGCGAGCCACCUUGAGGCCCAUUCCUCUUCAGACGCGCUCGACAACAAGCAAAAUGCUCCCCCACAACAUGAUGAUAGCUAUGUUGAAGAUUCGGUAGACGCGCAUAUGGAUAUGCAUGCCGACUCCAUGACCGAGGAACGGCACCUUCGAGCACACCUCCUCCAAGAUUUUGAAUCCAGCUUCGUACCGCCCAUAUCCCCCAUACGAGUGGCAGGACCCGAAGGCGGAAUUGACGAUACAUACAUGUUCGACGCCAAUGCUGCUGCCAAAAACCCGCUCCCACCGAGUCCUAGCCCAAGUCCACAUCCACCUUUAGAAGGAGCGCGUCCAAGCAGUAGGUAUCAGAAUGUAGUAGAUCGCGAUCCCGAGGUAGAGGCGGAGCCGCAACAAGAUCGGCUUUCGAUAUCAAGCGCCCGUGCAACACACGACGCACAGCGCCCAAUGUCAUCCUCGGCGGCAAAUCAUCCCGCUACCCGUGCUUCGCCAGAACCCAUAGCGGCAGAGACAGAGCCAUUGGCAGUGGCAGAGGCCUCGCGACCAGACAUACCUGAAGAUGCCGAGCCGUCCCAUGCUGAGGACAGCAACGAAGAUAACGAGGACGCCACGAUGGAGACUGCACCUGCACCAGAAUCAGAACCUGGGCUGCCUGAAAGUACGACACCCAAAUCCUCGAUCACCCGAAGACCACAUUCAUCAGUAUCCGAAGCUCAUGCCGACGAUUCCUUUCCUGGCACCGAUGCCGAAGCUACCAACACGACCGCUUCUCUCGAGAACCUGUCCUCUUCUCCAACUACCGCCGCUGCUGCUCGAACCAUUUCCAGAGCCAUUUCAAUGACCAGUCAUGAUCCUGGCUUGACCGAUGAUCAUGGCACAAGCGAUGCCGACCCUUCGAUAUCACAUGAGAGCUCGAUGUUGGAGAUUCCACCAGCUGAAGAUCGAUCUCUCGCAGCUGGGGCGCCAACUGUCCAACAGGAAAGCUCGGAGCUGGACCUACAGAAACCCUUCCUCCAUGCAGGGCAUACACCUGGGAAUGCUCUACGUUUCAGCGAACGACCCAAGUAUUUGCGCAGUAGAAACGCCAGUCAGCGGUCAUCUACCUCUUCCUUUGUCUCCAACGACGACGGUCAUAGCGAUGUCACGAUUGGUGUCGAUGCAGAUUAUGCGAUACAGUCUGGCGGCGGCGCAGUACUAGCGGGAGGCAUGCAGCGAAGUAUUAGCACAAACGUACUCCUGCGCUCAAUAAGUAUGGGCAGCAUGGCAUCUGGCAUUGACGACUUUCCGGAUUCGAACAGGUCCCUCGAGCCCCUAGAACCUCUCGAGGAGAACGAAUUGUCACCGGGCAGGUCUUUCAACAUAAAUGGAAACGAGGACAACUUGACAACACCUAGGCCGAGGAAGAGUAAUGGGCUUCUCGCACCGACAGAUACGGUGAUCGCCAGGCAUGUUCGCAAUGUUGAGGUCCCCGAAUCCGUGGCCCGCGAAUAUAAGACCAAAGGCCGACUUGAAACUCCCUCGAAUCCUUUCCGCAAGAUCUCCGCCGAAUACACACCUGCGCCAGGCACUGCUGCUAAGCACGGCAGAAACCUGACGCUCAAGGAACAAUCUAGCACCAUUGAACGUCUGUCCAAGGAGAAUUUCGAUUUGAAGCUCAAGGUCAUGUUCUUGUCGGAUCGUCUAGACAAGCUCUCCGAAGAAGGUAUUAAGGAGAUGAUCUCGGAGAACGUCGAACUUAAGACUUCGCUAGCGGUCAUACAGCGCGACAACAAAAUCUUGCGGAAGAGAGUCAAGGAGCUCGAGAAGAGGCUGCGCGAAGAUGAAGACACCAGGCCGAGUACAGCUAGAAGCGGAUACUCGUCCGACGGCCAAACAGGGUCGGCGUGGGACGAAGAAGCUCAAGAGCGUGAGGAGGAACUCCUAUACCUGCGCGAGCGUGUCGAAGAAUACAUCACAGAGAUCGAGCACCUGAAGAGCGAGAAUAUGGCACACGAAGCAGAGAAGAGGAAGUUGGCCGAGGCGGUCAAGACCAUGGGAGAUCGGGCUGGCGAGAGAGUUGGAGACAGUCUGGGUCGGCAAGAAGAGGCAGACGUCUUCAAGGACUUGUUGGAGCAGGAGACUGCCCGCCGAGAGCAGGCUGACGAUGAUAAUCGACGACUGCGCGACGAUAUCUUCCGCCUGAAGCAAGAACUAAACAUGACAGCGACAACGUCAGGAAGCGCUGUAAGUGGCGGCGCAGGCAUGCACCAUACCACCAACAUUUACAACAUUACGCGGAAAACAAAGGCUGGAUCGCCCACGAGGUCACGGCCGAUGUCCGGCAUGUCAGGGGGAGACAUGGACCAGGCCGGUUCGCUUAGUCAGUCGAGCACGUUGGUAGAAGACCUUCGCCGCGAAAGCGAACAACUACGUCAUGAGAAUGCAGAGUUGAGGAGAGAGGUGGGCGCACAAACAUCAAUGCUCACGUCACGAAAUCGUGAAAAGGAGAGACUUUACCAGGAAAUCGAGGACUUGAAGUUGGCACACCGACGUGUGGGCGCUCCAUCAACCAUCGACACUCUUCUCGAUCGCUCUGCAUCCCGAGCCGGUGCUCAUGAGAGAUCACAGUCGAGAGGUAGUGCCCGAACUCGACUCACCAUGGCUAUGGACGACCCCGCGCGAGAGGAACUUGAGAACAGACUGGCAGAACACCGCGACAAGAUCAGCGAGCUCAAGCUGCAGAACCAAGAGUUGCAGCGCGAACUGGAGACUUGCAUGGAGGACUUUGAGGUUGCGGUCGAGGCCAAGCGAGAAGCCGAGGAAUCUGCGCUGGAGCUACAAAACGAGCUCGAUGGUGCGUUGACUGACCUCAUGGCUCUUCAGACUGAGCGGGACGAAGCGCUUCAGGACCAUUCUCAGUUGGAGAGUGAGUUCGAGGUACUUCGCAGGGAAGCCCAAGAAGAGAUUGAUGCACUCGAGGGAGAAGCUGAUCAACGCAACGAUGAGAUUCAGCGCCUCCAUAUUGAAGUACAGGAUCGAACUGAGAACUUCAACGCUCUGCAGGAAGAGAUGCGCAGGAUGAGUGAAGCACUGAUCCGACUAGAAGAUGACCAGGAGCACAAGCAUCGUCGUAUCGAGGAGCUUGAAGUGGAACAGGUAGACAACAACAAGGAGUUGGAAGAACUGGAAGCCAAGUUACUUGAGUCCAACGACAAGGCCAGUCGUCUUGGUGUCCAACAAGAAUCUAGCCAGGGAGAGAUUGCUUUCUUGCGUGAGGAACAAGAGGCCGACAAAAUCCGCAUUGGUGACCUGGAAGCUGCCUUUGCGAAUGCUGAGCAAAGCUUGCGAGAGGAGCGCGAUCGUGCUAAGGACCUCGAUCAGCGACUCGUUAAGGAACGCCGCCAGCGCGAGAUCAUCGCCACUCGCGAAAAGGAGGACGUGCAGCAGUUCGUCAAUGAGCUUAACCGGGAGUUGACAACUUCCAAAGACGAAUCACGCCGUCUACGUAAGAAUCUGACGAGUCGUGAGGUUGAGGCUACUGAAUGGAAGGAGAGGCUUAUGGAGCUAGAAAAUAAUUUGCGCGAAGCUCUGGGUGAUCUCAACGGUACCAGGUCUAGCCUGCUCAAAUCAAUUGCUAAGCUGCAGCGCGAACUAGAGAAUACCGUCCGAGAGCUCGAUACAACCAAGACGGCCUUGUUGGAGAAGGAUCGUAUUAUCAAGCAGCGUGAUGCACUGCUUGAGUCGCAUGGCCUCGAGAGCAGGAAGCUCGCCGAAUCGCUCGACAAGGAGCGCUUGGCCCACCGCAACACGAAGAGCUCCUUUGAUACAUUUCAGCGCACGCAUUCACAUGUUUCCCGUACAGUCACCAGCCAGGAUAUUCGUAUCAUUGAGCUGGAAACCACGCGUGCUGCCGACAAGAAGAAGCUGGCUCAACUUGAAACCAACUUCAAAGACCAGCUGGCAGAACGCAACAAUCUUUUGCUGAUUCUGUGGACAAGACUCUCGGCGCUUUGUGGGUCCGACUGGGCUCAUGGUAACAGCCUGAUUAACGGUCGGGCUCUUCCUAGUCUCGAGGCCGUCGCAACCAUGCUACCUGGCUUCAGCAAAAACCUUCUCGCAGCGGUGAAAGCCAUUGAAUCCAUACUUGGUGGCUAUCAAACUCGCAUCAAGUCUGUCGAAAAGGAUCUUUGGAAGGAAUACCAGUCCUUGGAGGAGAAUUUGGAUGUGCGCACCAAGAAGCUUGAUCGCCUUGAGGCUCUCGUACGACACGGUGUUGCUACAGGCGAUUUCAACACAACAGCUAAGAUAUCCCAUCUUGAAGCCGCAGUCCGCGCGUUGAAGAUCGAGAAUGCCACCCUGAUGAGAGCCAACGAUGCUAAGACCAGGGCUGUCGGUGGCUACUUCGAUUGGCAGGGGAACAAAGAAGAGGGAGAAGAGUACGGUAGUCCUUCGCCCAACGUCCCAACAGGGCCCAUACGCAAAAAGCACGGCGACAAUGAAAGUACGACAGAACGAAAGGUCAGCAUGCCAAGAAGCAAGACUUCCACCACGCAUCUCGAGGCAACGCCAUCUUCUGCCUCGGCUAGCGUCAAGUCACGGACCAAUACACUAAGCCGGAGCUCCUCAACUCAUACGGCUCAUACACAGAUGAACCCUGCCGAAUUAGAACGGGUUGCAUCUAAUGGAGAGGCGGACACGAAGUGGAUGUUUAGACUGAGAGAGCUCGAAUAUAAGCUUAAACAAGAACGUGAGGCACGCAACAUGGAUCGUGCUGCAGCUAGGCAGAGAAUAGCAGAGGGAGAGCGACAGAAGGACGAACUGGUGGCCGAGCUCGUCAGGGUCAGGAGGAAGGGUGGGGAAUAGCAGAGCCAUACUCAUUCUCCUCCCUCGUCUUCCUCUUUUGUGCGUAGUCCCAUCAGGGCGGCCAAGCACAAGUUUUCGGUGUUGUUCAGCAAGGGCGGUAGCGGUCAUCAUGAAGAAUAUCAUGACGAGGAGUACAAGGAGUCCAAGGCUUAGCGUGUGACUAUUACCGAUAUCAAAAGGGUGAAGGAAGACUUUUCAACUUCUUGAAUGAUUUUUGUUUUUUGGCCGUAUCACAACUUUUGUAUGGAUUAGCUCUUUAGGAACUACGGCGUUGAGUGGCAGCAGCGCAUUUCAUGCUGCAGCAAUACUGAAUUUUUGUUGCGGGUGUAGUGUUUGGCCUGACAGGUCCGAAAUGACAAAGAAUGUUCAAUGCA